AUGGCUAGCAGGGCGAUAGGACGGGCUACAGUUCGGGCGGUCACCUCCAAACGUCUGACACUACAAAAAGCUCCCGUAACUUUGACAACUAACGCUGUUAAAAAACUCAAACAGCUAAUGGCAGACAGGUUUUUAAUUGAUGCUAAAGCCCAGCUGACCUUGCUUGGGACAGAAAUGGAUUACCAUGAAGACAAACUGACGUCUGAGUUAAUCUUCAAUAACCCAAACAUCAAAGGCACCUGUGGAUGUGGUGAAAGCUUCAGUGUAUAA